CAAACUCCUGGGCAGAUAGAAUUUACAAAAUUAAAAUUAAGCAUAUUAAAAGAAAAUAAUUUGACACAUUCAUGCGUGUAUUCAAAAACUUAUCUGUUAGUUAAUUUCUUAAUCGUAAAGGUUUUGUAAGAGCAGUAACUAAACCGACGAUACCGUUGUGUUUGAGUCGAAUAAACCGCUCAAUAUUCAAACGGAUAUUUCUAAAGGUACAUUCAGAAGCCAAUCCCAAGUUUUCAGUUUCCAAGAUUAUCAGCUUGUGGUACAUAUACAUUUUUUCCACGUUCGUGGUUGGUAACAGUGUAAAACAUCAUCAAUAACAACAAGCACUGCACAUUAUACAUCUGAACAUUGUAUUUUGAAUUAGUGUGAAAACGAUGGCUCUAUCUCAAAAACGUGUCAUAGUAUUUGUGUCAGCUGUAGUAAUGGUGUCAGUUUCAUGGGUGAAUGGACAGCUUGGUGGUAGCAGCAGCAGCAGCAGCAACACAAACGAUAGAGAAUUCACGUUACCAUCCUGCUUCAAACAUGUUGCAGACGAUCUCAUCUUGAGGUUGAACGCGGCCAAGUCAAAGAACAAAGAUGUUUUGGAUAACUUGUUUGACAACAUCAACAACAUGAAUGACGUAUACAACGACCUACUCAGUCAGAUAGAUGAUCUUCAUAGAAAACUGAAUGACACUCUGACGCUGCUCAAACAACCUCUUGAAAGCAUGGUACCCAGAGGCGACACGGGAGCACAAGGAGCAAAAGGGCUUCAAGGUUUUACGGGGGCCACAGGACUUCAAGGACCACAAGGUUCACGAGGCACGCCUGGAAGCAACGGAUCAGUUGGAGACACGGGAUACACUGGAGGAACUGGAUUCAUUGGGGCUACGGGAUCAAGUGGUCUACGAGGAGCCACCGGAGAAAGAGGAUUAACGGGAAGGAACGGAAGAGUGGGAUUCACGGGCAACACCGGAGCUUCAACGGGUUUCCAACGACCGUCCACAAACAAUUCUAAUGGCAAUAAUGGGAUGAUCGUCUGAACGAACUGCAACUGCUUCAACCACGAACAUUUCCGUUUUGCAUGUGGUUUCACUCCUAUUAUGCUUAAUAAUAUAAAAAGUAGAAAGUAAUUUUUAUUGUAACCUGGAUUUGAUAAUGUAUCAACUAGUAUUAUACAGGUUUGGUUGUAGAAUUUUUUAAUGUUUUUAAACAUUAUUUCUCAAAAAAUAAAAUUCAAUGUCAA